AUGACGACGACGGACGCGACGCGGAUGGAAGACGACGACCACGCCACGCACGCGGCGCUCCGGUCGUCCAAGACGGGCGUCCGCGACUCGCUCGGCUCCACGAUCGUUCCCCCGCCUCCCUCGGACUCGGCCUCCGACCGCUCCAGCUACGACGAUGAUCUGGACGAGGAUCUCAGCGCCGUGGACGGCGACGAGGAGCGGACGAUGGAGGACGAGGACCCGGACCCGGCGUUCGAGACGAUCGAGCGCGGACCCCUCGCGGACUUCGACGACGACGAGCUCCGCGGGAUACUCGCGCGAGCCGACCUUGACGCCGAGGACGACGACGAGGAUUUCCUCGACGACGACGACGUCAACGACGAGGUCAACGACGAGGAGGAUCUCGGGGAGGGCUCGGCGAGACGGGAGCCGAUGUCCACCUCUGCGGCGCUCGCCGCGCUCAAGUCCACGCGGCCGCGCACGGCCCGCGCACCCUCCGCCGCCGCCGACGUUUCCCUUGACGCCGCGAGUGGCAAGAAGAAGAAGCCGCCCAACAACCCCGGCAAGAUCGUCGGGCCCAACCUCGCGGCGAAGGCGUGGUUCGCGGAUCUCGCCACCCUUCGCAACCGCCAGCGGCUCGUCGAACACCGCGAGCUCGCGCCCGCGCUGGACAAGCUGGAUCCCGACCUCGAGUCCACCGCCCGACGGGACGCGGAAGCCUCGCGGCGCGAGUGCGCGGCACUGAGCGGCGACCUCGCGGGGCGGCUGAAACGUGUUCGAGAAGCCGUGAACGAACUCGGCGUGCACGUGGUCAACAUCCGCGGCGGGGACGAGUACGUCCGCACGCUCGGGCGGUUGAUGGACGGCGCGGAGAAAGACAUCGUCGCGCUCAAGGAGGCGCAGCGAUGCGCGUUUGACGCGCUUCAAGAGGAGGAGAAGGAACUCGCGCGAUAUGUGGACGAUUUCGCGUCGCGAUUGGACGAUCCCUCCUGGGGCGCGGGCGCCUCGCGCGCGCUCGUCGCGGGCAUCGACGCCCGCAACGCCAAGGCCCAGCGCAAGAUCUACGGCACCAAGCGACCGGUCAGCGCCGGGACGGUGCUCCGCGGCGCCCCGAGGGAUGAGCCGUGGACCGUGGAGAAAACGUCGCAUGCUUUUUCAGCCGACAAGACGCCGGCGAAGAGCGCUUCCAAUCCCAGUUUCCAAUCCCCGCACUCCACAUCGUCCAAGCCGAGGCCCGCGACCGCGAGGGACCCGGUCGGCCCGUGGGCGCGCGGCGUCGCCACGACGUCCGCGCGACGCACCCCGGGUCGCGGCGGUGACUCACCGGGCGGUGACUCACCCGACACAGCUGGCGCCGACGGAUCCCCCUCGAAACGAGCGCCCCCCCCCGCGGUGACCGAGUACGAGCGAUACAUGUCCGACUACGGACCCACCGGCGGCUGGGCCGACGUGGACCACUCCCGCUGGCGCCGGUGCCUCGCGAGGUGCAACAUGAACUACGGCAACGCGGUGGUUCUCGCCGCGGAGGAGUUGGCGCCUUUCGGCAUCGAACGAGCCGAGGUUGUCCGGCACGCCAGGUGGGACGCCGAACGGGAGGAGCUUCACGAGGCGCGCAAGGCGGCGGUGGCGCAGUGGCGCGCGGAGCAGCGCGAGGCGGAGCGCACGAAGCGCGAGGCGCUCGACGACACGUUGCGCGCGAGGGAGGUUAGCGCCAGGCGGGAACGCGAGGAACGUUUCAACGCGCGCAGGCUGGAGGAAAAGGCGAGACUCGCGGAGUGGCGAGAGAAGAAACGAUCGGAGGAGGAGGCGGCGUUAGCGGCGCGGCGCGAGGCGGAACGCGUCGCGGUCGCCGCGCGAGCCGAGGCUGCGCGCGUCAAGAAGAAGGAGCGCGAGGAGCGCGAGGCUCGCAACGCGGCUCGAGCGCAGGCGAGGUGGGAGGCGGCGGAGGCUGCGAGAGCCGCGGCGGAGGCGGCGGCGGAGGCUCUGAUACCCAAAGCCGUGGACGUCUCCGCGUCCGAGGCCAAGGCUGAGCGCGACCGGCUCGCGCAGCGCGCGUUGGAGACGGCGAAGAAGCGCAGGGAGGCGGCGACGGCGAGGGACAAGGCUUUGUCGGAGAGGCUCGAACGGCAAAAAGCCGCGGCGGAGAAGUUGGCGGCGAGGCGGCGGCUGGCGGAGGGGAGGUCCGAGGAGGUCGCCGCCGACCCGGAUCGGGUCACCCGCGCCACCGCCGCGCACGCCAUGCGGGUGGCGAGCGACAGGCCGGACCGCGGGCUGUUCGACUCGAGGCCGGCCGUGCAGUACGUGCAGCACAGGGCGACGCCCUCGUGGACGAGCGGGGUGAUUCGGUGA